GUCAGAGUUGACGUAUGUCCCAGCCGGUAAAGUGUUUGGGCAGGUUCAGUGGCCAUGACCGACAGUUAGAGGCAAGUCAUGCCAGGCAAUUUGCACAGUGAGCCGUAGUGCUUUUGAUUUUGUCAUGCUGGAGCUAAGUACACAUUGGGCCUAAUCAUCGAACAAGAAGUUUACGUAAGGUAGUGUGGGGUUGCUGUUGUGUCAGUGGACAGGUGGGCCAAAGCAGCAGCUGAAGUGAAGUCGAGAGAGACGUGUACUGUGUAAAUGUACAGGAACCGAUUUGAUAGUCUACGAUAACCUACACCGUCUACGCCAUGGAAGAAGUAGACAUAGAUGCCGCAGCGAUUGUGCAAAGAGCACGGAAUGCCUUCCGAGCCAACAAGACCAAGCCCAUUGCCAAGCGUAAACAGAUCCUGCAGGCCCUCCUCCGUAUGAUCAAUGAAAAUGAGCAGAAGUUCGUGGACGCCCUCUACAAAGAUCUGCGCAGGAGUAAAUUCGAGUCCAUUGUGAGCGAGAUAGACUUCACGAAGAACGAAAUUAUCAAUAUGCUCAACAACGUGGAUGAAUGGUCCAAGCCACGGAUGGUUGAGAAGCCUCUGCCCAUGGCAGGUACUCCAACUUACAUCCAAUACCAGCCAUUGGGAACUAUUCUGAUCAUCGGAGCGUGGAAUUACCCCUUUCAGUUGAUCUUGCAUCCGAUGAUAGGUGCCAUAGCGGCAGGUAACACCGUCAUCAUCAAGCCCUCGGAAAUUGCUCCUACAAUUGCUGAGAUGCUGGCUAAGAUCAUCCCUCGGUACGUGGAUCAGGAUUUUAUCCAAGUUGUCAAUGGCGGGGUACCAGUCACCACUGCCCUUCUGAAGGAGGAAUUUGACCACAUCCUGUAUACGGGGAGUGGCAACGUUGCCCGUAUCGUCAUGGGGGCUGCGGCAAAGCACCUGACUCCGGUGACCCUUGAACUUGGCGGCAAGAGCCCUUGCUAUGUGGACGAGAACACUGACAUGGGCGUUACUGCCAAUCGGCUUGUGUGGGGGAAGUUCCAGAACGCUGGACAGAUUUGCAUCGCGCCAGACUACGUCAUCUGUAAGCCCUCUGUCAACGAUAAGCUUGUUACCGCCGUGUCCAGGGUCAUCAAAAAUUUCUACGGCGAGAAUCCCAAGAACUCUCCCGACUUCCCUCGCAUUAUCAACGAGAGGCAUUUCCAGCGUUUGAUGAACCUGACCAAAGCGGGCAAGGUAGCGGUUGGUGGCGACAACGAUGUGUCUCAGCUCUACAUCGCUCCCACUGUACUGACGGACAUCAAGCCUGAAGACCCGGUCAUGCAGGAGGAGAUCUUUGGUCCCCUUUUGCCUAUUUUGAACGUAAAGAGCGAGAAUGAAGCUAUUGACUUCAUCAACAGCAGGCCCAAGCCCCUAGCCUUGUAUGUCAUGUCCAAAAGCAAGACAACCAUCAAGCGCUUCAAUGAGGAGACUUCCAGUGGCAGUUUUGUGGCUAAUGACUUCAUGAUGCAGGCAGCCUGUGACACUCUGCCAUUUGGCGGCGUCGGCCAGAGCGGCAUGGGUAGCUACCACGGACACUUCUCCUUUGAUUUGUUCUCCCACAAGCGAGCCUGCGUGGUGGCCAGCCAGGGCAUGGACAAGCUGCUCAGUCCAAGGUACCCUCCCUUCACCGAGCGCAACCUCAGCUUGCUGCGCUGGGCGACGCGCAAGAGCCCCAAGGGAGGAUUUCUUCGUUCGCUGUUCUCCGUGGCUCUGCUGGGCAUUGUGGCCGGCAUUGUCUUCAUGUUGCUGGAUCGUAAGUUCUCCAAGUAAACUGAUCCCGGAAUGCAUCGCGUUGUAAACGUGAUUGCCUAGACGAGGUACCAUGCAUGUCUCUCACUCUGAGAAUGCGUCUGGAGUGAACGGUCAAGUGUGUAGGUUUUUGAUCAGUAACACUGAUUGGAAAAACCACUUUUUGCUACAUCAAAGUCAUUGUAGUUUUAGCAAUUCAUCUGACAGAUCUUGCUUUGAAGCCGCAGAUUAAGUAUUAAAAUAGCUUACAAAGUCAACAAGUGUGUUCUUUCUUCUGGUUCAAGUUAUUGGCAACAUGUAAUUUGGUUUGUAUUCCUGAUGAAAUUUACAGUAGCCACUAAUAUGUAUCAAAUCAUUCAAAAAUUACAAGAAUGCCAGUCAUUGUCUUUAAUAUAAAAACAAAAUUCCGUUUAAUAAUUUUACAAUAAAUAUGUAUUAACGAAGAGCCAUUUGUAAUUUGUCAAAGGACUUUUGCUAUCAAUGUCUUGAAGAAUAUUGAGCUGUUUGAAGCGGGCCGACAUAGCCAUGACAGAUACGGCGUACCAGACUGUUUCUGUUUGAGUCCAGCCUCGUGGGUUUCAGUAUGGCUAUGAAAAUUCACAAAGCCGCUCCGUAAGGCUAGCAGCCUCCAUAGGGCCCUGUGCUAUGUCCAGCCAUGGCCAAGAGAUUGGGACACAGUCUAUGUCUGUCUUUGGGAAGUUAAUUAUGCAAUGCUCUCCCCCUGGGUCACCGGGAAGAGGCCAGUUUCCCAGGGCAUUCUGGGAAAAUGGUCACAAACGGUUUAAUGCUGUUCCUUCUCCACAGGGACGGUUUAACAUCUGCUUUUUACGUUUUUUGCCAGCACACACAAAGAAGGAGUCAGUUUAUUUCCAACCAUUUUCACAAGCAUACACAUACAAAACAAAAUCUUUCAAUUCAUCCUGAAAGUUCACGCAAGAAAAUAACAUCAGUCAGUCACAACUGUUUGAUGGAAAGCCUAUACAUAAUAUAUGUAUUCACCCUCUGCCCUCAUAGCGUACAUUUAUACGUUUGUGAAGAUGACUUCUUAGUCCAUUAACCCUAUUUAUGCCAAACGCAGCACAGUACAUCAGUUUAACAAAUCUGAUACCUCUGAUGCACUGGGAAAUCAACAGCAGCUGAACAAACUGGCCAUGUUGAGACGAUGGGAGCCACAUUGUAGUCCCAUUAAUCAGCACCACUGUUGGAUCUUGUGGUGACUGGCAACCACAGGCUUCCAGGCUGUUGGUUCUUGUUACACUGGGCAGGCAAGCAACUUGGACAGAUGAUGUAGACUGAUGUGUCAAGCAGGGUGUCUAGCCAAAGUACCCUGGGGUUUGGGUUAAAGUACCAAACAAGCUCAUUUCCAGCAGCACUUCAGAAAACAAAUAAGACAAAACCAGCAUGGUCGUCGUUUCUGUAAUGGUUUCAAAUUUUUGUCGUGUUUUGAGCAAAAACUGGUGUUAAAACUAUUGUGUCUUGUCAUCCAAUGGCAUUCUGUUUUGCUGAAAAUUUUGUUCUCUUUCUUCAUUUACCCACACACUGGCCAAUCCAAUCUUUGAAAGUAAAUUUUCAAGCAUCCUGGGGGAAUGGGUUGUUCUAGGGUAAUUGCCUCUCCAAGCCUUUUGUACAGUGUGAAUCAUCCUGUGGUGCUGUGAGAUUCCAGGGUCUUAUAAGCUGAAGAAAUCAAAGUGUAUCCUUGCUUCUGGUUAACUGUUAUGAGGAGAGUCAGAUGUGAUAUUCGUUGAUUUGUUACUUGACUGGUUGAUAAUAUGGCUGUUAUAUACAUUACCCGUACAUGUUUAGUUACAAAUAUAGUUACUCUAUAGGCCUAUUGAUCAAGCGACUUGAUUGGUUGUCAAAGACUCAUGCCUCAGUCAGAAAAUAGGAAAUGAUUUGCUUUGCAUGUACGUGUUUUAAUUUACUUUUCUGUUUGUUGUUUGUGAAGAUUUUUUUUCAUUUUCUUUUCUUCCACAAUUUGUACUGGUAUCACUCCAUAGUUUGAAUCCAGGCAAUCACAGGUAGUGUAUAGCCGAGGCACAGUGGCGAAAUAGCACAGGCCGGAGAAGUUUGGAACAAAUCCAGCCAUUAAUUGCCAGGACCAUGGAAAUCAGAUAUGUAAAAGCUGAUAGUGAAAGCAUUGAAUACCAAAAUAUUUGCCACUGUUGUGAGUAAUUUUACCUAAUUGCGGUAAAAAAAUUAUUUUGUUAUCUGGCAAACAAAACCCUGGCUCUUCGCCUCUCACAUGCUGAAUACAUUAAUUAAAAAGUCAGCAGUCAGAUUAUAAUUUAGGUUUUGAAGUCAUUUCUCAUGAGGGACGAUGAGCCGCGAUAGAAUGGAAGAACUCAGUGGAAUAGCCAGACACCGUGAGAUCGGUGAAUGACCUUUGUUAAGUAUGUUAUUUACCCAUUUGGGGGCGUACCCAGGAUUCUCAGAAGGGGGUUCGAGAUGCAGUAGCUUGGCUCGUGAGAAUAUUUUUUAUAGACAAUACAAAAAAACAAACACAAAUCUCUGAUUGCCUCAGACAGGGGAAUAAACAGGAAAUGAAAUACAUGUACAAGUGAUCAUGUUUGUCAUCCAAGUCAGCAAAUGAAUGCUUGUGUAAAAGGAAUUGUAAUAAGCACCGAAUCAUUGUAAGAAAGUGACAACUAAACAGUGUUAUGAAUUGAACCUAAACGUUGCAUUUUGUGUAUUGAUACCGAGGGUAAUCAAGAUGAAUAUUCGUGUCAGCUGUCCUGUUUGCGCAUAUGUAAUGCACUCUUACAAUACAAAAUGUAAGAUGGUAUUCGCCAAUAAACUUAGAGAAGUCUGUUUUUCUCUUUUCGUUUUAGUA